AAUAUGCUUGCUCUAAUAGAUUUGUCAUGGUAUCAAAGCACUAGCUAUGGUUUAUUGUUUUUAGAAGUUUAAGCAUCUUAGAAUCCUUUCUUGGUUUCGUAUUGCUGUCAUCGGUUGUUCUAGAGGUAUCAUCUUUCUCAAGUACUCAGUCAGGUUUUUUGUCAUUUAUUAGAGUUUCCUUUGUGGUUAAGAAUGUUAGAAAAAUCAGAAAUUUUGCCCAUCAAGAUGGAAGGUAAAAAUUAUUUUUCUUGGGAGUUUCAAUUUCGCAUCUUUGUGGAAGGGAAAGAAUUGAGUCUGAACUGAUUGGUUUUUAUUUUUGCGCCUGUUAAGUUUGUUAGGUAUUUCUUUAACAAGAAAAUGUGCUUUGAAGUUGGAACUUGAACUCUUUCCCUGAAUUCGUUGCAGGUUGAUAUGAAAAGGUUUGGGAAGUUUUAGGGGCAACAAGAUGGAAAACUCACAGGAGAUAAACACUUGAUAACGUGCGGAAGACUUGGAAAUCGGCAUUCUCUCUCAACUUCACAAAUUGGUUUGUUUUGUAGGAAAAGAUUUUUAAGUCAGUCGCCAUUGUUUAACUAUUUGCGAACAAGAAUGGGUCCACAACUUGGUUUUGGAAGAUAUGGCAUUCAAAGUUGUAGAGCGGGUCGUCUUUCACAUCGAGCCAUUGAAGCAGCGCGUCGGGCUAUAAGCGGACAAUUCCAUCGUGCUAUGAGCGGACAAUUCCGAAGAAAUAGCAAGGUAUGGGUAAGAGUUUUUGCGGAUCUCCCUGUUACCGAGAAAUCUACAGGAGUCAGAAUGGGAAGAGGAAAAGGAAAUCCUACGGGUCGGAUUGCUCGUGUUUCUACUGGAAAAAUUCUAUUUGAAAUGGAUGGUGUUAGUUUGUCAAAUGCUCGACAAGCCGCUGCAUUAGCAGCGCAUAAACUAUCUUUGUCAACCAAGUUUGUUCAGCGGUCGUAACAUAAUUGAUUUACAGCUCAGUUGUCUUGUGUUCCAUUGUGGUUUGAUCAGAUUCCUUCAUUACCCUAUCUUCUACGCGUUUCAGUUCGAUCACGAAUUGCUACUUCCAUGGUAGCUUUGAACCA